AAUGUGUUUUACAAGGGGAAACUCCCAUCAUUCAAAUCGCAUGUGGAGAUUAUCACUCUCUUGCACUUUCCAAAGGUGGUGAGCUUUUUGCCUGGGGGCAGAACUCUCACGGACAGCUGGGAACUGGAAGAAUGAUGAACUCCACCACCACACCGCAGGUUGUGGGACACCUCGCAGGCGUGCCCGUGGCGCAGAUAUCUGCAGGAGAAGCUCACAGCCUGGCCUUAUCCAUGUCUGGAAGCAUUUACUCCUGGGGGAAAAAUGAUUGUGGACAACUAGGCCUGGGCCACAUGGAUGACGAAGAUUUUCCUUCCCUUAUCGAAGAGCCAGAUGAUCAGGAAGUUGAAUUUCUCACAUGUGGUGGCUCUCAUAGUGCCCUGUUGACAAAGGACGGGCUAGUGUUCACUUUUGGCUCUGGAAAAUGUGGACAACUUGGGCACAAUUCAGUGCGAGAUGAGCCAAGACCUCAUUUGGUGACUGAGCUCAUCGACUAUAAAGUGACCCAGAUAGCAUGUGGCAGGUCCCACACACUUGCCUAUGUUUCUGACUCGGGAAUGGUCUUUUCCUUUGGUUCCGGAAGAGAAGGACAGCUGGGAAACUGUGGAACGCAGAACCAGCUGAAACCACUUCCCAUGAAGUUGCCAUCCAAAGAAGACCUCACAUUCGAACAACACAGCUCAGAAAAGGAGUUGAUUUUGGUUGCUGGAGGAAAUCAAAGCAUUUUGCUCUGGAUGAAGAAAGAGAGUUCCUAUGUUAAUCUGAGGAGGAAAAUCACGACGUUGAACGAAGGCACUGUAAAGAGGUGGAUUGGUGGUGUGAGCACCAGCCAGCAGCACAGUACAAAAAGGGAAAUCAGAGAGAUAUUUUCAUUUCCCGCUUGUCUGACUGGGAGUUUUCUAAAGACAAGACAAGCUGCAGAACCAAUGUUUAUUCACUUGGAUUUAAACAAAGCCAGAGACACAUUUAAGGAGCUAAACAAGAAGGACUGGAUUGCUCCCGUGAUAACCACCUGUCUCAUGGAUAAUCGGUUCAGAAACCUUCCAGUGUGUUCUCCACACCAAGAAGCCUUAGAAGUUUUCCUCCUGCUCCAAGAAUAUUUUGUGAUGCAGGAUUCUUACAACUGGGAAAGCCUGGUGGUUCCAUUUGCAAAGGCUGUUUGUAAAAUGAGGGACCAAUCUUUAGGAGUUCUGGAGACUUAUUGGGCAUCUUGGGAAAAAUCUAAUUUUGACAAACUGGUUCAGAUGCUGAAAAAAGCCAUUGUAUCACAAGUGGUUUCUUGGGAGAAAACUGAUAUUGAUCCAACUCAUAUUCAAGCUCUCCUAGAAGUAUUGAAAAAGCUGCACAGGGUAAACCAGACUACCUGUCAACUGUCUGAAAAUGCUUUCCACGUAAAUGAACUCUCAGACCUGCUCAAUUUUUACUCCCAGGCCUUCAAAAUAAUCAAGCAGGAAAACAUCUGGGAAACUCCGGUAGACAUUGAAAAUUUUCUCAACUUCAGUCACUUUCCAUUUGUCUUUAAUACGAUGUCAAAAAUUAAACUAUUAAAUGCUGAGACAUCUUUUAAAAAUAUUCAGGAUAGAUGGAUGAUGCUUGCUGAACCACAUAUGGCGCCCACGUUUAAUCUAAAAGUCAGAAGGAGUCAUUUGAUUGUGGAUGUUUUUAAUCAGUUAAGUCGGUAUGAGAAUGAAGACCUGAGGAAGGAGUUGCUGAUUUCAUUUAGUGGGGAAAUUGACUACGACUUUGGAGGCGUCAGGAGAGAGUUCUUCCACUGUGUAUUUGAAGAGAUGACCCGCCCAGAUUGUGGGAUGUUCGUGUAUCCUGAAGAGGCUUCCUGUAUGUGGUUUCCUAUCAGGUCUGAAUUUGAGGAGAAGAAAUAUUUCUUCUUUGGGGUACUAUGUGGACUCUUACUAUUCAAUUCCAAUGUUGCCAACGUUCCUUUUCCUCUGGCACUGUUUAAGAAACUUCUAGACCAAACACCAUCAGUGGAAGAUUUGAAAGAACUCAGUCCUACUUUGGGAAAGGGUUUGCAGACGCUUCUAGAUGAUGAAGGUGAUGACUUUGAAGACGUGUACGGUAUCUGUUUUAAGAUCCACUGGGACAAAAGUCAUGUCGAAUUAAUUCCAAAUGGAAGUACCAUAAUGGUCAACCAGACUAACAAGAGAGAAUAUGUUUCAAAGUAUGUCGAUUACAUAUUUAACGUCGCUGUAAAGGAAGUAUAUGAAGCAUUUCAGAGGGGAUUUUACAGAGUGUGUACAAAGGAAAUCAUUGACGUUUUCCAUCCUGAAGAACUUAAGAAUGUGCUUACAGGAAUUAUAGACUAUGACUGGAAGACAUUUGAAAAGAAUGCCCAGUAUUGCCAAGGGUACAGCAAAUCGCAUCACACCAUAGUGAUGUUUUGGGAGGCUUUACAUAAAUUGACUUUAGAAGAAAAGAAAAAAUUCCUUGUGUUUCUUACAGGAACUGACAGGCUACAAACUCAAAGCUUAAGAAAUAUGAAAAUAACAAUUCGCUGCCCAGAAUAUUUCGAUGAAAAUUAUCCCAUGACUGUGCAGACAUGUUUUAGUACCCUCACCCUCCCUAAAUAUUCAACAAUGGAAAGAAUGGAAGAAGCCCUUCAAGUGGCCAUCAACAAUAACAGGGGGUUUGGCUGACCCUGUAGUCCACUCCUAACUUCUUGUAAAUACUUGUUAAAAUAAAAAUAAAAACUCAAAGAUUAAU